AUGUCCAAGCGAGUGGACCGCAUGGUUGAGGCCGGGUUGGUGGAUGAGGUGCGGAGGUUCUUUGAACCAAAAGCCGACUAUUCUCGGGGAAUCAGGCGGACCAUUGAGGUGCCGGAGAUGGACAGGUUCCUACGAGCAGAAGCUACAUCACCAUUGGACGAAGAAACCUUGGCGAUACUCCUCAAGGAGGCAAUUGAAGAGAUCAAGGUGAACACAUGCAUGUUAGCCCGUUGCCAGUUGCAGAAAAUUUAUCGGCUGAAGGAGCUGCUACCGGGGAAAAUGCACUGCCUCGACGUCACCCAAGUGUUCUUGAAGCACGACAAGGAAGCGUAG